AGUCGGUUCUCAGUUGGUAUUGAAAUCUCAAGCUGGCAAGGCGAACAAGCUAAGCUUUAGUCGGUUACCGAAGCAAGCACAGAAAAACAAUGUUAUCACCGGCCCUAAUCCUCUGGCUAAUCGCUGGACUACAUGUGUUCAGCUCCGUAGAAGGCGAUCCCCUCAUAGAAGUGUUUCGAUGGAAGCAGAUGGACUACUACAACCGCGGAGAUGGUCAGGGCUAUGGCCAUGGUCACAGGCCCGAUAGGCCCAGCAUCUCAGGUCCUAUAGCUUUCCCUGGCAGAUAUUCGCGUGCCAAGCGUGAAAGUUUAACGUCCCGCGACACCCCACUCUCCAUAAACAGUCGUGUGGGUAGCGAUGACAGCAAUGCCCCCUACAUUCCGUACAACAAUGUCCCCAUGGGGGUCACCCACUUCCGGGGCCGGCUGUUCGUUACGAUGCCCCGCAGACGUGUGGGAAUCCCGUCUACCUUGAACUACAUUGACCUGUCGCGGGACGGUCGGGAUCAGAGUCCCAAGCUGCUGGCGUAUCCCAAUUUCGCCCUGAAUCAGUUUAACAACAGUGCCGAGAACCUGGUCUCCGUCUACAGGACCAGCGUAGAUGCCUGUCAACGGCUCUGGUUCAUCGAUACAGGAAUGCUGGAGUACCCAAAUAAUCGCCAGCAGAUUCGGCGGCCCAGCAUCUGGGUGGUGGACUUGGCCACUGAUCGGGUGUUGAAACGCUUCCCGAUUCCGGAGAACAUUGCGGAGACAGGUCGCGGCCUGGCCAGUAUCACCGUGGAUGUACAAGCCAGGAACUGUGACGACGCUUACGCCUACAUUCCGGAUUUGGUCUACCGACGUCUUGGGGUUUAUCACCUGGCCGACGAUCGUAUUUGGGCCUUUGAACACAACUACUUCAACUUUGAUCCGCUGGCCGGGGAUCUGAAUAUUGGAGGUCAGACUUUCCGCUGGGACGAUGGAAUCUUCUCAACAACCCUGGGACCACAUCAACCGGAUGGCAGUAGGAGCGUAUUCUUCCAUCCCAUGGCUAGCACGUACGAGUUUGUGGUGUCCAACAAGGUGCUGCAGCAGGAGUCCAAUGCAGCCCGCUCCGAUCACGGCAACGAUUUCCGCGUCUUGGGCUCCCGGGGCCCAGCUACCCAGUCCACGAUGCACGAGUAUGAUCCAAAGACUGGGGUGAUAUUCUUCGCCGAGAUCCAAAAGAACGGUGUGGGCUGCUGGAAAAGCAGCCAGCCCUUCACAGUAGAAAACCACGGAACAGUAGACUCGAAUGCCAGGGACAUGAUCUACCCGAGUGACCUAUCGAUCGACGAUGAGGGCACCAUUUGGGUCAUGAGCAACUCCAUGCCCAUCUUUAUAUAUUCAACGCUGGACACGAAUGUGUACAAUUUCAGGAUCUGGAAGCAGAGCACCAGGUUGGCCAAGAGAGGAACAGUUUGUGAGUGAUCUUUGAGUGGAAUUGCUUUAAUGAAUGUUUCGCAAGAUCGUUACAUUGGGAAUAAUAAUAUGUGUAUCGAAAUUACUCACUGAAACUUAUACAUAAAAUAAAUCAAAAAGCAUUUACAAAUGUA